AUUUCGUAUGCGUUGAAACAAAGCAUACUUACCUAACAUGGCCGAAGCAUUGGAAAGCCGCACGUCUGAGGACAAAGCGAGUUGUACUCGAGUUUCUGCCAAGAAUAACACAAGAAGGAGAUUUGUCGGAACUAAGUCUAAUGCUGGACAGACGACUGACAAACUCGCAGAAAUAGGAGCAAAUAAGAGAAGAGUUGUUCGUCAGAUUCCAGAUGAGAUUGCAAACAAUCUUGAGCUGCAAGAUGCUGUGAAACAGGUAAAUAAUGAGAAACUUCACAUGACCCUGGGUUCACUCGACCCUUUAACCCCAUAA